AUCUUUUUUUUUCUUUCCACAGACUACUCAUUGACUUCUCGUAGAUUUACAGUUUUAUUCUUUGAAUUUUUAUACAUCUUCGAUCUUGAAUUUCUUGGAUCUUUCUCUCUCUAUAUCUAUACAUUUAUAUAUAUAUAUAUAUACACACACACACACUCCAUGUAGCAUGAUUCUGGACACACACAUAUAUAGUAUAUAGAUUGAUUACGUCAUAUAUAUAUAUAUAUAUAUAUAGAUUGAUUACAUUUUUCUAGAGAUGUGUGCUUCAUUCGGGAAAACCUAGACUUUGCAGAUAAUAGAGACAGAAAUCUCUCAUUUUCUUUUACUGUAUCUGGAAAUUUAACAGGUACCCGCUUUCACCAAUAACGUUGAAAAACUCUGAUUCUCUCUCUCUCUAAGAUUUCAAAUUAUUAGUGAGAGAAAGUUCUAGAGAGAGAAAGUGUUAUAAAAGGAGUUUAAAGAGCUUUCGAACUAAAUAGAGAGAUCCAACAUUCGGCGGAGGCAGCACAGGAACCGUUACCGUUACUAUAAAGAAAGAGGGAAUAUAUAUAAUAAAUAUAUACAUACAUAUAUAUAUAUAUAUAUAUAUACGUAUAUGAUGACGAUGAAUGUAAAAGGAAAGAAACGGCAAGACAACGCAGACGAUCGGCUCAAAUCGAGGCUUUUGGUUGCGAUUUUCUGCGACUAUUGUCAUUCGCUUUCGGUUCGUUUGCUGACAUCGAGAAUUGCUGUCCACAAUCGAUCUUAAAGGAGACUUUACAUACAUACAUAAACGGACAAUUCAAAUUCAGGGUACCUCUGCUUAUCUUUAUUUCUUCUUCGGGUUGUUUCAUGCUGUUCGGUAGUGGAUUGGAUUGAUGUACAAUGCAGAGAUCACGUAGAGCUCUUCUGCAGAGAAGAGCUUUGGAGAAUGCUAUUGAUAAAAGAAAUCACUUGUGCAAAGUUUCGGUGUCUCUGGUGUUUGUUUUAUGGGGGCUUUUCUUCCUCUUAAAUUUGUGGAUUGGUCGUGGUGAUGGUUACAAAGAUUUAGAUGAAUCUGAGCAAUUUCCUGUUGGAGCAAGAACUUGUGAUGAAGAUAAGCUGGGACAUAAUGUAGGAUCUCAUUCCGUAGAUAAAAACCCUUCAGCGGAAAUUAAUUCUGAGAACUCCAACGAGAAUUUACGCACAGUUGGGGUUGAAACCAAUGGUUUCAGUGGUGAAUUACAAGUAAGUGGAGGAAAUGUAAAUUAUGACUCAGCUGUCAAAGAGCCAAGUGAGGUUGAGAAUUCCAGUUUUGGUGCGAAAUCUGAAAAAGACAUUCCAAAACCUGACAAACUUUCUCGUGCUGUGCCGUUGGGUCUUGAUGAAUUCAAGAUUAAAGCAUAUAAUGCAAAAGGUAGAUCUCUAGUUGGUCAGGCUGGAAGCAUAAUACACAGAGUGGAACCCGGAGGUGCAGAGUACAAUUAUGCUUCGUCCUCGAAGGGAGCGAAGGUGUUGGCUUACAAUAAGGAAGCAAAAGGUGCUUCUAAUAUCUUAAGCAGAGACAAGGACAAGUACCUCCGGAAUCCUUGUUCUGCUGAGGAGAAAUUUGUUGUAAUAGAACUUUCAGAAGAAACCUUAGUGGAUGCAAUUGAAAUAGCAAAUUUCGAGCAUUACUCGUCGAACUUGAAGGAUUUUGAGCUGCUUGGGAGUUUGGUUUAUCCGGUUGAUACAUGGGUCAAACUAGGAAAUUUUACUACUGAAAACGUAAAGCUUGCUAAGAGGUUUGUUCUUCAGGAGCCAAAAUGGGUUAGAUAUUUGAAGUUGAAUUUAUUGAGUCAUUAUGGUUUUGAGUUCUACUGCACACUAAGUGUUCUAGAAGUGUAUGGAGUGGAUGCUGUUGAGAGGAUGCUCGAGGAUUUGUUCUCUGUUAAAGAUAAUUUGUUUGAGCCGAAGGAAUCAAAUGGUGAGCAAAAACCAUCACACUCCCAGGUGCCAUCUACUGAGGGUGAUGAUAUUCAUCAAAGUAUUGACAGUGAAGUAAAAUCUGACCCUGCUCUUGGAAAUGCUGAUGUGAAACAUGGAGUUAUGAAUAUUAACGUGCCCAGCCCGCCUGAAGAAAUUCCUCAUCAACAAGUUGGCAGAAUGCCUGGAGACACUGUUCUUAAGAUACUGACGCAAAAGGUUAGAUCAUUGGAUGUAAGUUUAUCAGUUUUGGAGCAUUACUUGGAGGAAUUAAACUCCAAAUAUGGCAGCAUUUUCAAAGACUUUGACAAAGAUAUGGGAAAGAAAGAUGUACUUUUGGAGAAGAUCAGAGAGAAUAUAAAAAGCUUGUCUGACAGCAACGAUGCCAUGACUAAAGAGGUUGGUGAUCUUAUUUCUUGGAAAUCCCUUGUUUCCAGACAGCUGAAUGAUAUAAUAGGGGACAACGCUGUUCUCAGAUUAGAGGUUGAAAAGGUACGGCAGAAUCAGAGACACAUGGAGAAUAAAGGAAUCGUGGUCUUCCUUGUAUCCCUAGUUUUUGGAUUGUUCACAGUUAUGAGUCUAUUAGUAGAUAUGGUAUUGAGUGUGUAUAGACCAGAAAAUUCCAGGAGUUUUUGCUCGACGGGUUCUUCCUGGCUUUUCCUGCUACUGAGCAGUAGCAUUGUUAUUGUCAUCCUUUCGUUAUAAUCACAGUUUUGUUCGACUCAUUUCGGUUUCUUUAAGUCUAUUCAUACAAGCCUGGCAGUUGAUUCAUAAUCGAUUGAUGGCUUCCUCAAUGCAGAUUACUUUUCAGUUA